CCCUGUAACAACUGUAAGCAAUCAAAGCGAGAAGAAAGAAAGGUAUAUUUGCAUACUUCAUUCCAGACCCUUGUAUUCCAUCUCUUAAAGCCCUGCAAAUCAAGAAACAAAGAAAACCCACAAAGAAACGACCAAUCUUUGCUCUCUGUUCAAUCAUUCUCUCUCUUUUCCAAUAUCCCAUUAUUUUGGAUUCCCACAUUCUUUACCUAUCAACUCUGUCCCUCUUCCUAGAUUUCAGCAAUCUUUUGUAUUGAGCAAUCCAGACCUGAUAGGUUGUUUCAAAUCCAUUUUGAAAUUGCAUGGGGGUUGCCUUUUCAUGCCCGUUUGCAGCUCACUGUGACUUAGAGAAUGGUUUUGAAUCGGUCGUUGGAAAUUCAAUUGGCAUUGGGGACGAUGAACAGAAUAUGACGGUUCAAUCCAUUAGUUUUGAGGACAAAGGUUUUGGACCUGCAAAGUCACAGUCCUUAGAUUCUCAAGAACUUUUUGUGGAAGGAUCUCUUAGGUCCAGACCAACAAAGUCCCAAAAUAUAAGAUUUGCCGACGUUCCGGCUGAAGAGAAAUAUAUGUGCCAAGAAAUGGUCUGUCCAUUGCCUGUAUCAGGCAGCUUCAUUGGGAGAAUCCCACAUUCUCCAAUUUUCGAUCCAAGCAGCCCAAAACAUGAGGCAGCUAUUAAGUUGCAAAAGGUUUACAAAAGCUUCCGUACUAGAAGAAAGUUAGCCGAUUGUGCAGUUCUCAUUGAGCAGAGCUGGUGGAAAUUGUUAGAUUUUGCAGAACUCAAGCAUAGCUCUAUUUCUUUCUUCCAUAUUGAUAAACAUGAAACUGCCGUCUCACGCUGGUCAAGAGCAAGAACAAGGGCUGCCAAGGUAGGAAAGGGCUUAUCGAAGAACGGGAAAGCUCAGAAACUCGCUUUACAACAUUGGCUUGAAGCUAUUGAUCCUCGACACCGUUAUGGGCACAAUCUACAUUUCUAUUAUGUCAAAUGGUUGAAUUCGCAAAGCAAAGAACCCUUCUUCUACUGGCUAGACAUUGGAGAAGGAAAGGAGGUUAAUCUUAUCGAGAAGUGCCCUCGUUCAAAGCUUCAGCAACAGUGCAUCAAGUAUCUCGGUCCGAUGGAAAGAAAAGCGUACGAAGUUGCAGUGGAGGAUGGGAAGCUCUUUUACAAGCAAACAGGGGAAGUUCUGGAUACCACCAAAGAACCUAAGGGUUCUAAGUGGAUUUUCGUCCUAAGCACCUCCAAAACUUUAUAUGUAGGAAAGAAAAAGAAAGGCUCAUUUCAGCACUCAAGUUUCUUGGCUGGAGGAGCUACACUGGCUGCUGGAAGAAUAGUAGCUGAAAAAGGAGUCUUAAAGGCAGUCUGGCCUCACAGUGGUCAUUAUCGGCCAACCCCAGAAAAUUUUCAGGAUUUCAUAUCAUUUCUCCGGGAGAACAAUGUGGAUCUCACUGACGUUAAGCUUGAGUCCACUGAUGAUGAGGAAGAAGAAUCAACUGGAAAGAAGGGAGGUGCAUGCUUGAGAAGUAAUUCCUCUGAAGACGAUUUGGCUGAAAAAGAUCGUUCAGAGACGGAAGAAAAUGACAGUGAAUCCACUUCCAAUAAAUUUGUUUCAGGAGAAGAAGAGACUGCUGCUUCAGUACGGAUGCCAAAGUCUAGUUGUUUGAAUGGCUUCGGCCAAAAACUCACUGCUCUUCAGAUACCAAGUAAAGAUGACCUGUUAGUGAAGUUGAUGAGUGAGGAAAUAGCAGAAUCAAGCAAUAACAAUUUCCCCCUUGGGUCACCAAUCGAUGGAUAUGAGACAGCAGAAGAGGCUUUCACUUCAGGCCCCGAAUGCAGAAGGAACAGCAUGUCCUCAGACAACGACGAAACAAAAGAGGAGACUAUCCCAGAAGAGUCCAUUUUCCAAAGAAUCAAUUCCCACAAAGAAGCUAAUUCCUAUCAACUGGGGAAGCAACUAUCUUGUAAGUGGAGCACAGGAGCUGGACCUCGAAUUAGCUGCUUGAGAGACUAUCCAUCAGGGCUACAAUGUCAUGCCUUGGAGCAAGUAAAGUUGUCUCCAAGAAGUAAAUGUCGCCUAAGAUUAGACUUCCCGUCUCGGGCAUCAAUGCCAACCAGCAGCAAUCUUUCUUGUAGCAGUAAUAGACAUCCUACAAUGGACUCUUCACCUGUAAAGAGACUUACUAGCUCCAGUUUCUGAACCAUAGUGACGCAGUAUAGAUUCUUUACUUAAUCCGUUUCUUAUUCUUCAUUUCUCUUAAUAGACUAGGAGGUUUUUUUGAUAGGAUAGGCUAUUUUUUAUAUUUGUCAAUGCACACAAUUUUGCCCUUAUUCAUCUUGUACGAAACAGGGUGACUGCUGUAAAUUAUAAAAAUUUUGUGGGUUAUGAUACCCUUACAAAUCGAAAUGAAAGAUCAUCAU